CUGGCUGUCGUCACGUUUCUUUACGUUCUGUGUCGUAGUCGUUUGACGGUAUGUGGAAAGUAGCAAUGUCGGAGGAGGUUGGGAAAGCGCUUCAGUCUGUAGUGGAGCGGGUGAACCAGGCGGCGGCACGGCGGCCCAAGACAAUACCAGCUGUGCCGCCCCGCCUCGUCGCCGUCAGCAAGACAAAACCCCCGGAGAUGGUCGUGGAGGCCUACAGACAAGGGCAGCGUAACUUUGGGGAAAAUUACGUUAACGAGCUUCUGGACAAAUCUUCAGAUCCAUUGAUUGUAGAAUCAUGUCCAGAAAUCAAAUGGCAUUUUAUCGGCCAUCUACAGAAGAAUAAUGUCAACAAACUUUUGGGCGUGCCGAACCUGUUCCUCGUGGAGACAGUGGACUCUGCCAAACUGGCCGACAGGGUCAACAGCUCGUGGCAGCGCAUGAGAGGAGCCAGCACACAGAGGUUAAAGGUCAUGGUGCAGAUCAACACCAGCGGAGAACAUAGUAAACACGGCCUGCCGCCAGAGGAGACAGUGAACACGGUGAAACACAUAGUAUCUGAGUGCUCCGCCCUGCAUUUCAAAGGACUCAUGACCAUCGGUCGCUACGGCUACGACCUCACCCUGGGGCCCAAUCCUGACUUUCAGAUGCUGCUGAGUCGGAGACAGGAAGUGUGUGAUAGUUUGAAGCUGCCACCUGAGGACGUAGAGCUUAGCAUGGGCAUGUCCACAGAUUUUGAACACGCGAUCGAAGUGGGCGCCACCAACGUGCGAGUGGGCAGCAUCAUAUUCGGCAACAGGGAGUACCCCAACAGUGCUCCCAACACUCCCAAUCCCAGUCCCGCUCCCAGCCCGGAGAAAACAUCCAAGCAGGUGUCAGAAGCGGCCGCCAAGAAGAUGACGCACCUCACUGUGUCUUAACACUACAAAACACCUUUAAGAUCAUUUAAAAAAUAAUAAUAAUUAAAAAAAAAUAAAAGUCUUCACAUGUAAACUGAUCAGAGCAGUGGAGCAGAUUUCCACAGGGUCAUGUGGAGUUGAGAUCAUUUAAAAAAAAAAAAAAAAAGUCUAAUUUGCCUAAUCCUACUCAGUUUUUUCGUGCGCACUUCUUGCUCUUUUAAAAGCACUGAAAAAGUGGCAUUCAGUACAGAUCUAGUUUUACCUUUUUUAAAAGUAGCGUCAAACAGGUGUCAACUAACCUAUAGUGCUUUUGACUUCCUCCUCGUGGAAAACCUUCAAGAGAUACAAGACAAACGUACCACUACUGACCUACGGAGAGUGAUUUCACACUAACAGCUAACAGAUAGUGAGGAUUAGUUUGAGAAUUUGUUGUGCUGAUGUGAUAUUUUCUACCUUUCCAACCCAACAUGUGACAAUACCAAGAAAAGAAAAAAAAACUAAACAACAUGCUUGAGUGUGUACAGUUGUGAGCCAGAGAUCUGGAACUCCACACAGUACAAUGUACCGGUUUUGUUGUACAGAUGAAACAAAGACUUGAUUUAAUAAAUCAUUUAUCCCUUUAUAAUGACA